UUUUUCAGUUGGCUUUUCCCGCGCCUCGGGUAGAUUACACGUUUGUGAUCUGUGUUUGGUUAACCUUGGUCUUACGACACGUUGUCCCUAAGCACUUCUAAGUUUAGCAGUUCGUAACACUUCAGGCUAUUGAAUUUUUCAUAUCUAUUUACACUAGCUAGGCUGUGCGAUCUUGAAGAAAAAUCUAGAAACUGAGUACUGUCUGUCUGUUAACGAAUACCCUGAAGCGCUGUUUUUGUUUUCUUUCAAGACGUAUCGUCAUCGACCGACGUUGUUCAAGAUAGUUUCAGUUUUGCAGUAAGAAAGUAUACUUGGAAGUGCUUGCAUCAUAGCUUUAGAAGGAAAAAAAGAUAACGAUGUUUGUUCGAAAUAACGAGGCCGUGGACGAAGUUGAGAUUACCGGCGUUGGCAAAGAGGGAAGAAAUAUAAGCUGACGCAGUAUGGAGAACACCACGUCAAAGCCUCUAUCAAGCAUGGACCAAGCCUUUUGCGUAACAUUUUGGGUGAUCGCCGUUGUUUCAUUUGUUCUAAACUUGUUGUUCGCCGUUGUACUUGCGAGGAAACCUUCCAUGCUAAAAAGGCCUCAUAAUAUUCUACUGUUCAGUUUGGCCGUUGUUGAUAUGCUAACUGGUGUCUUUCUCGUAGCUACUCCCGGGUAUGCCAUCCCCACAUCGAAAUACCCAGUCCCUCUUGGAUUACGCGGUCAGAUUUUUUGCCGCCUGCUCGCCAACAGAUAUCUCCUGUUUGCAUUGGGAAAAGUUUCCAUCCUCCUCGUGGCCUGCCUCGCCUUUGAACGAUGGUAUUGUGUGUUAAGGCCAUUCAAAUACAAGCAUCAAUUUAAAAGAAAGCGUACCAUCGUUUAUGUUUUCAUCGCGUUUAUGAUCACUUGCAUUCUAUCCAUGAAUAAGUUGUUCGAAACGAGCUUAGAUGGUAGCAAGUGUGUCACUGAUAAAGCUCCGUUUGGAAUUGACGGUACUCGGGCGUUUGUCAUCGUCUACAGUUUUGUGGCAUUUUACAUACCCUGUUUGUUAACAUGGCUCACAUUUGGCCAUAUUAAGCUAAAUCUCCCCUCAUCCCCUGGGGAAAGCGCUGAGAACGUAAACAAACGAAGGCGAAUGGACAUGUUACUGCGCAUGUGCGCUGUAACCGCAGCAGCCAUGACAGUGUGUGGUUUUCCUUCGCAGACCAAUUACAUUCUAAGCUUUUUUGGCCUUACAGAAGUUAAAAGCCCGCUGCAUAAGGCGUUUAAUGUUCUGGUGUUUGUUAAUUCAUGCAUGAAUCCGUUGAUAUACUGCCUUACCAACAAGGAUUACAGGAGAGAGUUCAAAAAGCUUCUUGGAUGCCACAGAGGUAACGAAAUAUCUCCAGAAACCGACCACGGCACCACUCUGGCCUGAGUUCAAG